GUUGAAAAAUUAUAUCUUUGAAACCUAGAUAUUAAAUUUAAAUUUAAUUUCAAUUAAAAUUAAUUGAAUUAAAAAAAUGAAUACGGAAUUAUCUGAAUCCAAAAUACAUAAUCCGACGCGGUUCACCCGGUUGAUGCCGGAUAAACGAACCGCCCCGUUAGCACUGCACACCAACAAAACAACAGAAACCCCAACCGCGCAGCGUCCAGAGAGAGAGAGAAAAAAGAGGCUGCUAUGGCUUCUAUAUCAGAGACGGAAGACCCAUCACCGACCAUACACAUACCAGAGGAAUGGUCAAAGGCUGCAGACACCAUAGCAUACGAUUCCACUACUUCAUCCCCUCCUAUUGCCUUAAUCUGUGGAGCCAAGAAUAGUGGCAAAACCACUUUCUCUCGUCACCUCCUCAACAUUCUACUCCAGAGAUAUACAAAUGUAGGCUAUUUGGAUACAGAUGUUGGGCAGCCUGAGUUUACUACUCCCGGUUUUGUAUCCCUCACUGUGGUUGACAAAAUAACCCCAGAUUUGACAAUUCCAUGCCUGAAGACACCUGAAAGAUGCUUUUUCUUUGGUGAUAUUUCUUCAAAAAGAGAUCCAGCGACAUAUCUGCAAUACAUAUCAACGCUGUAUGAUUACUAUCGGAAGGAGUACCGAAUGUUUAACAAUAGUGAAGGCCCUGCAAAGAAAGAGUUGCCUCUUAUUGUGAACACACCAGGCUGGGUAAAAGGUGUUGGCUAUGAUAUACUGGUGGAUAUGGUGAGAUGUAUUGCUCCUACCCAUGUAGUUAAAAUAAACAUAUCUUUUGAGAGAAAGAAUCUACCAGUUGGAGCAUUCUGGCUAGAUGAUGAUUGCUGGGGGGAGGUUAAUCUAAUUGAGAUUAAUUCAGCUCGUCAAGACUCCUUUAACAGAUCGAUGCUAUUGCAAAAGGAUGCACGCCUUUUGAGAGAUUUGCGAAUAAUGGCUUAUUUCAGGCAGUGCUUUUCGAGUAGUUUGAAUAUCACAACAAUCAAGGAACUUUCAAAUUCUCUAGCCUCUCACCCUCCUUACCAAGUUCCAAUAUCAAGUGUCAAGAUCAGACAUCUCCAUUGCCAGUUAACAUGUUUAUGCCAGGUCCUUAGCACUGAAAUCUUCUACAGUUUGAAUGCAAGCAUUGUUGGUUUGGCAGUUGGUUCUGAACAGUUGGCAGAUUUACCUUGGUGUGUUGGCCUUGGAAUUGUGAGAGGAAUUGACACUUCCAAAGGUUUGCUCUACAUGAUCACACCUGUUCCACCAAACAUUCUGGAAAAGGUUGAUCUUCUUUUACAGGGGUUCAUCCAAAUUCCUACUUGCCUGUUACAGGUCCAAGGAUGCAUGUCACCUUAUAUGUCUACAAAUGUUUUGCCCACAAGCUAAGAUGAUACAACAUAUUUGACACUCUAGAGUUUCUUCACACAUACCCUCCACAGAUGUUAGGAAUUACACAAGGACUCAAAAGUGAAAUUUUAUUGUCUUUCUUAUUCGAGUUUCUCAAACUGUUUUGUAUCAAACAUAUCUUUGUUGACAAUGCAACUUUGUCCAACAUUCAGGAAUGUUAACCACCGGGGAACUAAUUGUAUUUAUUGCUUCCAUGUUCUGAAAAUGGUACCUACCAGAAAACUAUUUGUCUUCUCA